AGCUGUGAGGGGAAAACGCUUCAUAGUGCAGACAUUAGCAGCACUUGGACGUUCCUUCAAGCGACAUCAAAAACUGACCGAAACCAACAGGUACCUUCAAGUAACAACAUAAACCGGAACGAAGAAGGAGAAGGCACUAUAAGGAAGGCAGUGUGUGAACAGGCAGUGGAGAUGGGCUUCAGCUGGGACAAAGUUGAAGCUGCUGCUAGGGCAACUGUGAACCCUGCAGGAAAAUCAUCACUGACUCUAGAUAUGCUCCUUGAGACGAUCCUUGUGACAGAUGGAGAAGUGUCAGAACAAACAGAAGCUGACCUACCCAUGGAGAGAGAAGUUCCAGAAAGAGCUCAUUCUAACAUUGACAGUUGUUUAUUUGACACAACGCAAGAGGUAUCAAGAAUCACAGAGACAAUGUUGGACAAUGAAGAAGAAAGACGGAAAUCCCUAGAUCCCCAAAGAAGACAGGCACUACAGAGAAUUCCAGAGGACGAAAACACUUCUUCAGAUAAUACAAGUGCAGGAGCAGGCUUAACAGGUUCCUCACUGGUCACGAAAAAGGAAGAAGAAGAUAAAGAUUCCUUGACAUCAAACCCACCGAAAAAAGAAUUUAUUGUAACUGGACGAAGAACAAGCUCUUUGACAAACGUUUUCUACAACGACAAUGACUCACCACAGCCAGGUGUCCCCUCUUCUGGAAAUACAACAUCCUCUUUGGGUGACAAUAACGAUGGGAGAAACGUUGGAGACAGACUUAUGGGUGCAGCUGUUCUUAGUAUGCCUACUGAAAGACAAAGGCCUGAGAAAAUUGAUAAGAUAAAGAACAAGUCUCAAGACAAAGGCAAGAGCAAGGAAGACUUGAAGGCUACAGUAGAAGAGACACAGCAAUUAAAAGAGUCAAGUGCAUGUAAGAUAUGCCUGGAGGACCCCGCCAACAUCGUGUUCCUCCCUUGCGGACACCUGGUAGCCUGUGCCGAGUGCUCACCAGCUCUAGAACGUUGCCCAAUCUGCAGACAACACAUCCGGGGAACUGUUCGUGUUCAUAUGGCUUCUCGGGAGAAAUAUAUUGCCAACUUCUGAAUAUCUGUUUGUGAACUGUAACCAAAAGCAACAUAAAUCUGCUCCGGGUAAGCAUCGUCUUCAUCAUCUGUGUCCCCUUGGUGAUCUGUGUCUUGUGCUCAACAGUUCCAGAAUGCUGCCAAAUCUGCACAUCCGGGUAACUGUCUGCAUUCACAUGACAGAGGUUAGUCAUGAAAAUUCAGUAGACAAAAUACACAUCGUCACUAAUACUGCGUGACCCAUUAUCGGCCUGAUUUCAUGAUGCGCAUACCCGGUAUUUGUCAUGAAACAGUGUCGUCGUUACCAUGAAUGAUAAUGAUAUGAUUUGCUCAUAAAACAAACUAUAUAGUGUACAUAAUAUAUAUCCAUAUCAAUGUAUAAUUUCCUAACCUAGAGGUAAUAGGAAUACUUUGUAAAAACACGAUUUCCGGUUGAUCUGUAGAUUGCAGUCACAAUGAAGACAUUACUGUUGCAGUAGUAGUGCACAACAACACACUCAUGUCGACUUUCAUGAAGUGAUGCGGUGAUGUUAACGAAUCCCAGGACAAAAUGCUCUCGGACAACACCACCCCCACCCCCACCCAAAAAAAGAAGAAGACAAAAACAAACAAAAAAACAUACACAAAAACAACAACAACAACAAAACAAACAACCAAAACAACAAAAUGAAGACAACAAAAAACAAAACAAAAACAAAAGAAACAUAAAACACCCCGGACAUUAUCCCCCUCCCUCCUUGUAAACGGAGAUUUUGUCCGGGGAGAUUUUGUCCGGUUAACGAUGUUAACAUGAACACAGCAUGUGCCUCACUCACGAUGUCUAACUGAGGCUAAUACUGGACAUUCAUGAGUGCACUGAUUUAUUUAACCGAGUAGUAAAACUGAUAAAUUGCUAUAAUUACUUCCAGCUUGUGUGAACGUUUCUGUAGACGACUCGUAUUGCUACGAAGUUGCUUCCUUUUACCCUUAAUACUUGUUGCAGUUUCUGUGUAGUGGUUUCCGACUUUGCUCACGUUUAUCGUCUUAAGUCAGUAUUGCUAAAUUAUCUUGUAAGAAUUUUGGUUUGUUUGUUAUAUCCUAACUUCAAUAAAUCAUUUAACAAUC